AUGAGGUUGACGGCCGAUCUCAUCAACAACUCCCUCUCCUACCUCAACCCGCUCAAGGAGCGCGAGCUGGAUCUCCGAGGUCACAGAAUACCCGCCAUUGAGAACCUGGGUGUCGCCGGCCCCCAAGAUGCGAUAGACUUCACCGACAACGACAUAUCGAUGCUGGGGAACUUCCCGCUGUCCCCGCGGAUACAGACCCUGCUGCUGGCGCGCAACCGCAUCAACAGCAUACAGCCCACGCUCGCCAACUCGAUACCAAACCUGACGAACCUGGUCCUGACGUCCAACAGCCUCACCGAGCUGGCGGACCUCGACGGCCUGGGUAAUUUUAAGCGGCUGACACACCUCGUCCUGCUGGAGAACCCUGUCACGAAGAAGGAGCACUACCGGUACUGGGUCGUCUGGCGGUGCCCCACGGUGCGCUUCCUCGACUACCAAAAGGUCAAGGACGCGGAGCGGCAAAAGGCGGCGGAGCUGUUUGGCACGGCGGCGGAGCCGACGGAGCUGGCGUCGCGGAUCGCGGGCACCAAGUCGAGGACGUUUGACGUGGCCAUGUCUAACGGAGCGCCCACGUCCUCGUCCUCGUCGUCGAAGCUGUCGCGCAUCAAGCUCACCGAGGCGGAGCGCCAGCGCCUGCAGGAGCGCAUCAAGAAGGCCGACAGCCUCGAGGAGAUCAUCCGGCUGGAGAAGGAGCUCAACGAGGGCAGGCUGCCCACGGGUAUCCACGCCGGAGAUGCCAUGGAGGAGUAG